GCAAUAUGAGUUAGGACCAAAGAAUUUGCGAAGGACUUGUUCAUUCUACCAUAUUCAUCUUUUGGCUAGACACCAUCCCCACGCCGACCCGUGAAGCACUUCGAAGUGCCAUUCACACUUUUCUUCUUUAGCAAGUUCGGGAACAUUGUGACAUCAAAAGAUAGGGAAGGGCGGCUGUCCGUUCACUUUCCGGAAAUGGCAGAAAUCUCUUCCAGUCUCGCGAUCUGGAAAUAUCUGCUAGGAUACUGAACCCCUCUGCGGAUGGGUGGAGGAUAGGCUUUCGGAAUGAAACUACCACGGACCGGUCUCCUCAAAUCCCUCAUUAGGGAGUCUGCCGCUUUCUUUCAUAACGGAGCCGAGAAUAAGGGCUGGCAUAGUUGUCUCUCGCAUGCAAGGAGAUGCUGCUGCUGGAUGUCACGGUUCUGGGGCGCCAUGAUCCUUUUCUCUGGAACAAGAGAGGUUAGAAUAUGCGAGACCAAAGGCUCAAAGAAUUUGAGAGACCAAUCCAUAAAAUCAGAAGAGAGGGCACUGCCUUCCUUCCGCUUUCAGAGGUAGGGAAUCAGCUCAGUGAGCUAUUUAUUGCCGCCAAUAGCGCUUCGCUUGCACGCCAGCGCCACGCCUGGUAGAGCUAUCGCGCGCGGGCGAAGGAGAUGCAUUUUAUGUACUGGUAGUACUGGACAAGCUCAGAGGGAAUAAUCUCUUUCUUCUUUCUUCCUUUCUUUCCCAUGACGACUAGGAACAGGCAAAUCAAAAAUUUCACUUCGAAUUCCGGACCUCAACAUCCUGCUGCUCAUGGUGUUUCACGAUCAGUAUUGGAAAUGAACGGAGAAGUGGUGGAACGUGCGGAACCCCAUAUUGGAUUACUCCAGUGCGGCACGAAGUAUGUUUCUACGAUGGCCCAAGAACACGCUCAUUCUUCAGCUGUAGAGAGACUUUUGAAUUGCGAGGUACCAUUACGAGCUCAAUAUAUACGAGUCUUAUUCCGUGAAAUCACUCGAAUUUCAAAUCAUUCACUUGCUUUAACUACUCAUGCUAUGGAUGUGGGAGCAUCAACUCCGUUCCUGUGGGCUUUUGAGGAGCGGGAGAAAUUAUUUGAAUUCUAUGAAAGAGUCUCGGGAGCCAGGAUGCAUGCCAGUUUCAUACGACCAGGUGGAGUGGCACAAGAUCUGCCUCUUGGCUUAUGUCGAGAUAUUGAUUCCUUCACACAACAAUUUGCUUCUCGUAUCGACGAAUUAGAAGAGAUGUCAACCGGCAACCGUAUCUGGAAACAACGAUUAGUGGAUAUUGGUACUGUCACUGCACAGCAAGCAAAGGAUUGGGGAUUCAGUGGUGUAAUGUUAAGAGGUCCAGGGGUAUGCUGGGAUUUGCGAAGAGCAGCACCUUACGAUGUUCAUGACCUUGAUCCUGACGUACCAGUAGGUACCAGAGGAGAUCGCUAUGAUCGUUACUGUAUCCGUAUCGAAGAGAUGCGACAAAGUGUUCGGAUCAUUGUGCAAUGUCCUAAUCAAAUGCCUAGUGGGAUGAUCAAAGCCGAUGAUCGUAAGCUAUGUCCUCCAUCACGAUCUCGAAUGAAACUAUCCAUGGAAUCAGGAUCAUCAUCGGUCUACUCUACCUCAAUUCACCAUUUCGAACUUUAUACAGAAGGUUUUUCCGUACCAGCUUCUUCUACCUAUACCGCAGUGGAAGCACCUAAAGGUGAAUUUGGUGUCUUUCUGGUCAGUAAUGGAAGCAAUCGUCCCUACCGUCGUAAAAUAAGAGCACCUGGCUCUGCCCAUUCACAAGGACUCGAUUCUAUGUCCAAACAUCACAUGCCAGCGGAUGUGGUCACCAUCAUAGGUACUCAAGAUAUUGUGUCUGGAGAGGUAGAUAGAUAGGACUACUAGUUGCUCGAUCAGGGCCAACGCUUUAUUGCGAGCCAAAAACCUCA